AUGCAUUGAAAAAAUUUAUAUCCGCAACACAUGGCACGAUAUCAAAAAUCAGGACUUUAUAAUUUCGAGCAAUUAACUAUACUUAAAAUAGAUGAAUUGAAAUCAAUUCAAAGUUUAUAUAUGAAUGAUAUUUAUGCCAGAAAUUUAGAUACUAUCCUAGCGAUCAUUGAGAAAUGCUUGACAAGAUUUAUUGAAGAAAAAAUACAAAGAUUUGGGUGAUAA